ACAAUCAGCACACUAAACUUGUUGCAAAACGACGAGAUGGACGAGACUGCGCGCAUAAGUGAGACACAGGUGCGCCAGCGGGUGUACACGGCCGCUGCCGCAGUCGCGGGUGGCCUCAGCUACUACAGCCUUGCCGUCGCCCGAUCGCUGCCCACGCGCGUGCGUUGGGUCUCGACGCUUAGCGGCACAAUGGCCUCUGCCAUCGGCGGCCGCGUCUAUGCCAACACGACCGAGACACAGCCUAUGAUCUUGGACGACACGCCGAUGGAGCGAGCGUUUGCGUCGCCCGAGGCCAACACCUUCUUGCGAGAGAUAACGGCGAGCGCAGUCGGUGGCGCUGCCACAGGUGUUGCCGCGACGGUCGCACGUACGCUCAUUGCAUUUGUCUUGGGAUCUCAUCAUGUCUAGUGCUUGGCGGUGCCACGCCACGGUGGCUGCUGCUUCAAGGCGCGCUUGUCGGUGGAUUUACUGGCAUCGUGGCUCGUGGCGAUACGCUUCUAUCUGCGGCGGCGGCGAUCCCUCCGUCUGACCUUUGUGAUGCAUGCCUCGAAGCGCGGAGAGGACCGUAGACGACGACACAUUUUGUGGAAUAGCAUGUUUAUGGGAGGUCCUAACUCUAGUAAUGAUAGUCACUGGUUGGUGCUAGACCA